AAAGUUGAGCACCAACCCCCAGAGUCGGACAUGACUAGACUUAACGUCGGGAAAACCUUCAGAAAUGACUUGAAGUAACAUAAAACUACAGUGUAGUUAUUGUUUAUUACUUACAUUUAUCCAGCCUUUUGUCCAUUUGUCUGAAGGCAUGGCUUUCCUCCACAUUAUUCAAAGUGAGAGAGAAAGUUUGACCAAAGGUCACCCAGUGGCUCAGCAGAGACUAGAAUAUGAAUAUUCUAGCUUCUGGUCCAGCAGAGUAAUCAUUACCUUUCACUGGCUUCUGCUAGGAUUCCUAAGUCCAAUCCUUAGUCUACUAAACCCAUUGGAUCAAUGGAUUUGACACAAGUGAGACUCACAAUUCGAUUUCAUUUUUUGUGUUCUCCUGGGCAGCUUUUCUAUAAGCAAGAGAUGUGUGCUAGUUCAUAGGGAAGCACUUUCAUUAAAAGACAAGAGGAGGAACCGUAAAUAUUGGCUUUUUUCUUGUGUCAGGAGUGACUUGAGAAAGUCGCUUCUGGUGUGAGAGAAUUUGCUGUCUGCAAGGACGUUGCCCAAGGGAUGCCCAGAUGUUUUGAUGUUUUUACCAUCCUUGUGGGAGGCUUCUCUCAUGUCCCCACAUGGAGCUGGAGCUGAUAGAGGGAACUCAUCCAUGCUCUCCCCCGGUUGGAUUCGAACUGGCAACCUUCAGGUCAGCAACCCAGCCUUCAAGUUAUCAAUCCUGCCGGCACAAGGGUCUGACCCACUGCACCACCCAGGGCUCCAGAUACUGGCUGAAAUGUAAUGAGACUGUGGAGAAAACAAAGGACGUAUCUCAGUGAAGUUUCUCCUGGUUAAUCACAAAGGUUGUGUGAUUCAAAAAUUCUGAGGCAAGGUUUGAUCUGGCCCACUAAGCCUAGGCUUUUAAUGAGUAGGACAAGUUCAACCCAACAUGUUUUACUGCCUGAAGUGGAGAAGUAAACAGCCUCUGUGCCAAACCAUAGUACCUCAAGCAGUUUUGUAUAGAUGGCAGAAAAUGCCAUUAGACUCUCCCACUUUUUAUUAGAUAGGUUUAUUCAUAUAUAUUUUUUUUGCUCUCUCAGGCCCUAUUUACACUGCCAUAUAAUCCAGUUUCAGAAUGUAGAUUAACAGGAUUAUAUAGCUGUGCAGACUGAUAUAAUUGUUCAGUGCAGUUCAAUGAGCAUUAUAUGAAACUACACUGACAGUAUAGUAAGGUUUGAACUGCAUUAUAUGGCAGUGUAGAUGGGGCUUUAACCACUUCGUAUCCAGAUAGCUUUUCCAACUGCAGGGCUUCUUCUUUUGUGAUAUUGUUCACCAGCAUUUUUUCUUUUUUUCCUUAUUAGCAAUUGGCAGAAUUUUCAUGAAUUAAAAAAUCUGCUUCCCGAGUUUGCCACCUCCCUUAAGGCUGACCCUAAUGUGUUCAUAUGGUAGCAGGUUCAGGAUACAUAAAGGCAGCGUGCCGUCAGAAAUGUGUGCCGCUUCCAGUGUGUAAAUGUUCCACUCUUGCCAGUCCCAUGUAAAUAGAGUGAGGGUUUCCAGGCUCCAUCUGGUUCCAGUUACUCACUCACACACGCCAAUACACAUGCCUCAGGAAUGUGCAGAUGGACAGUGUGCCGCUGUGCAUAAAAUCCAUCCUAAUGUUCAUUGUGCUCUGUCACUUCCUCACCUCCAGAAUGUACCUGUAGCUCUGGUGCAUUAAUUCCUUCCUUUGACUUCAAGGAAACGCCAGGUACAAAAAGCUACUGGUGACUAACAGUCACUCACAGGCCUCUCUUUGUACUAUCUGAGCUUAAGUUCAUGACCAAAAAUGGGUUUAUUAAAAAAAUCAGAAGAAAACACCCUUGACCACCAAGGACUGCCUCUUCCUGAAAGCCCCCGUUCACAUAAAUACAGGAAGUAGAAAGAAAGCAGCUAAAAGCAGACACAUUUGGAAGUGUAUCAUUACUUGGGAGCCUCUGGGCUUUUGGAAGCACGGCAAUAAAAAAGCGUCCUGUCAGAUGCAUCAUCUGCCUUAAAAAGUGGGGGUCUGGAGAAGGCGUGGAAGUUUGGUCAGGAUAUGCCAAGGUAUAACUUGCUUCACAAGGGAGAUUGUGAGUGAUUUUGGAGGGAGAAGCAGCUCACCAGCUUCUUGGCGGAGAGGAUGAAAACAUCGCUGGGAAACCAGGGAACUGGACUUGUCACAGAAAGUGGUGACGAACAGGAAAAGAAGCCCCUGUCAAGUCAAUCUAUUGCUCCAAGAAGUUGCUUCCCUCCACCCGGCAUCGGCGUCCUUGAAAAGCUCAUCAAAACUUGCCCAGCUUGGCUUCAGCUGAGCCUCAGUAAAGAAAAGGCUGCUGAGAUACUUUGCAAGGAACCAGCAGGGAUAUUCAUGGUUAGGAAAGAUGAGAAAAUGGAAAAUCUGUUCCUCUCAGUUCAUCACACAACUCAAAAAGAGACUUCAGAGGUCCUGGAGUACAAGAUUAAAGAAGAAAAAUCAUUUCUGUACCUGGAAAGAUCUCUCCUUGUGUUUGAAGACAUUUUCAGACUGGUUGCAUUCUACUGUGUCAGUAGAGAUUUGCUUCCCUUCACAUUGAGACUACCACAAGCAAUAUUGGAAGCCAAUAGCUCUACAGACUUAGAAACCAUCUCUAACCUGGGGACAGGUUUCUGGGACUCUGCUUUAAAUCAAAGGCAAGGCAGAAGGUUUCCCCAUUCUGUGAGAGGUCCUGCUUUCGCCACAGCCCAAGGAAAAAAAGUAAAAAACACCAACCAGUGUUUUGCAAGCAGCGCAAACAAUUGUUCAUGUGAAAUUGAGUUGUCAAUAGGAAAUGACAGGUUGUGGUUUGUAAAUCCUAUUUUUAUAGAAGAGAGAAGCCAUUGGUUUCCCCUGAAUGUUCCUCCCCCAGAGAGCGGCAGGGAGAGUUCUUCUUUUACUAGAAAUACUGUGCAAAGUCCACAAAAGAAAUCGCCAAGUCGCCGGCCUCCUCCACCUCCUCCUCCUCCUCCACCACCUCUACAUGUUCUGAAACAGCCUGACAAGCCUCCCAUGACCACGUCUGAAGAGGACCACCUUCAGGAUCUGGGGAAGAACAAAAAGGAGAUGAAAACUGAAGCUUUCAAAGAGAAGGAUGGGCAGCAAUCCUUCUUUCCUGAUGACUCCUCUUCAUCUGCCAUUCUCAAGAAAUGCCUACCUCCUUCUGUUCCACCAAGGAGAUGCUCAACUGAAAAACCUUCGGGGAAAUCCUGUUUUGACAAAUCAGGGCCAGUCCCAAAACCAGGAGGUGAACAAGUAGCAAAGCAGAAUGGUAGGGAUGACAACUGUGUCAAAGAUAUCCAAGCCGUGGAAGAAACACAAGUGUUGAAAGAGAAGAUGGAUAAGACCUCCUCAGCAGCUUUGGACAUGAAACUUGGAAAUAAGGCUAAGAACCCAACUGAGUUGCAAAAGAAGCCCACAGAGAAUGACAGCUGUGCCAAAGAUAUCCAAGCCACGGAAGGAACACAGUUGUUGGAAGAGAAGAUGGAUAAGACCUCCUCAGCAGGUUUGGAGAUGAAACUUGGAAAUAAGGUUAAGAAGCCAACUGAGCUGCAAAGGAAGCCCACAGAAAAAUCCACAGGGCCUCCCAUCCCACCCCCAAGAAAAAAGAGGCUUUCCCGAUAUCCAUCAUCUGCCAGCUCUGGAUAUUCAAAGCACACAAACACUGAAGAUCUGGAGGUGUUCAGUCCUGAUGAAAACCCACAGACAGGAGAAAAAACCUUCUCUGACAUAAAAAGGGAAUCAAAAGCAACCUUUAAACUUGUCAGCACAUCAGACUGUGAAGGUUCUCGUGACUCACUGCAUUGUCCAGUAGGCAAUACUGGCCUUCCAACAACCACAUCUGAACUUGACUCCUAUUCCACGAGUAGCACCGAGGAUGAGCUGGAGUCGGUGAGCAGCCCUUCUGUGAAGAAGACCCGGUCCAUGAUUUUAGGCAAAGCCAGGCAUCGUCUGUCCAUGGUCAGCCUGAGUAAUGUCUUCACAGCUUUCCUGUCUGCUGACAGAAAGCUCCAGAAGAAGAUUGUGGAGUUGGCUCAAGAUAAGGACUCAUACUUUGGCAACUUGGUGCAGGACUAUAAAGUGUACAGUCUGGAGAUGAUGGCCAAGCAGAGCUCCAGCACAGAAAUGCUCCAAGAGAUUCGCUUAAUGAUGACGCAGCUGAAGAGCUAUUUAAUCCAAAGCAUGGAACUCAAAACCUUUAUGGACCAGACUGUUCACACCGAUGAACAACUAGAGGUGAUUAUUGAGUCGGCGUUGCACAAGUGUGUCUUGAAGCCCUUAAAAGAGGCCAUUGAUUCCUACUUAAGGGAAAUCCACAGCAAAGAUGGAUCCUUCAAGCUCCUCAAAGAAAAUCAACAAGUCAUCCAAAAUACGACCACCACUGACUUGGGAGUCACCACCAGUGUGCCUGAAGCUGCGGUUCUGGAGAAAAUCCUACAUAAAUUCACAACUAUGUCCAAGGCCUAUUCCCCAGAGAAGAAGAUUAGCAUCCUACUGAAAUCUUGCAAACUCAUCUAUGACUCCAUGACUCAGGGAAACUCAGGAAAGCCUCAUGGGGCAGAUGACUUCCUUCCGGUGCUCAUGUAUGUUCUGGCCCGCAGUGACCUGAUGGAGGUGCUUUUGAAUGUAGAGUAUAUGAUGGAGCUCAUGGACCCUGCUCUGCAACUGGGAGAAGGGUCUUAUUAUUUAAUCACUACUUACGGAGCGGUGGAGCUUAUCAAGAGCUAUGAUAAGAUCACAGUCACCCGGCAGCUAAGCACAGAGGUUCAAGAUUCGAUCCAUCGGUGGGAGAGACGGAGAACACUUAACAAAGCCCGGGCAUCUCGAUCCUCUGUUCAGGAUUUCAUUGCAAUCUCUUUCAUGGAGGCUGACUCAAAAACACGGACUCUGGCUUACCGGACUGACUCAACAACUCACCAGCUGAGCCAGCAGUGUGCUGAGAAGUUUGAAGUCUCAGAACCUCAGGACUAUGGUUUGUUUGUUCAAGUGGACGACAAGAGCAUGCGACUUGAUGAUGAUGCCCUUCCUCAUCACAUCAAAUCACAUCUGUUGAACAAGGAGCCCAAGCCGACUUUCUACUUUAUUUAUAAGCAAGUGGGCAGUGAAGAGACAACAGUCCCUGUUAUCAAGGACCCAGAUGCUUUAUAAUAGCAAAACAGUUGUUAUACGAACUCGUUUCUAAGGGUUGUGAUGUUCUUCCUUUCAAAGUAUGCUGAUCUCCACCAAGUAGCAGAAGCAGCCUGAAGCACAGCUUCCUGAAUGGUUGGUGGUGGAGAUAGUAUUUGUGGGUGUCCUCCAGGGAAAUUUCUUGAUUGACUCCAUUUUGCUCUCCGAAAAGAAUAUUUCAUACAAAGUUCACUCUUGGAGAAACUUGAAGAAUUUAGAAUCUCAUACAAUGAGCAAAUGAUGUAGCCUUUAGUGCCAGCUGCACAAAGUUGGUAGACUUGAGGUUAUGGGUAUUAUGGUAAUAUCUUCUUAAGCCAUGUAGCAUCAAGCCUACAGUGUUAUCAGAGACAACCCAAAACAUUUGGGGGCCUGAGGUAGAAAAUCCAAAUAGACUUUCUAGCAGCAAGCACAGAAAAAUAUGAUACAUUAAGCAAUUAGCAAUUAUUUUGACAAACUCUCACAUUGCCUUUCUCUCACAAUAGCCUGCUCCACAUUUCCCAAUGAUAAAACUGACUCUUAAUAUCAUAUCUAGCCUGAGAUUUCUUGUUGUCUGAGAUGGAGCAACAAAACAGCAUCCUGCACUCUCCUAAGUCAGAGUGCCCAAAGAUACCCCAUUAUUUGGACAAAAGAGGCAGAAAACUCUGCAAGUUCUUCUCCACAUCUCUGGUAGUAAAAGAACAAAUUACCAAGUAACUAACAUGGCUUUUCAUAAAAACUAAUGCCUGCUGCCUGAAUCCAACUAACAGUAGGAACCCUGGCAAACAUAUUACGUUAUGAUUCCAUUCCUGCAUGUAAUUUCAGAAUCCAGCUAGGCAUCCAAAAAGAGACAUAGUUACUUCUAUUUCUUGCACUUUUCUGUACUUCCUUACGGUGUUAAGUUCAGUGGUGGGCAGCAAAAAUAGGAUUGAAUCUAGACUCUAGGAAGGGAGUUCCAAAAUAUAGGAGCAACCACAGAGAAGGCCCUCUUCAGCAUCCCCAGCAAAGGUGGUGCUUUGCCUUCAGUUCUAACAAUAGAAAGGAACUAGAUUGGCAUUUAAAUAAUUCAUAUUGAUAGUGGGGCAGCAGGAUAGCUUUGUGUGUACAAGAAUGGGACACACGGCUCUGUCUUGGAGCUAAAUGAAAGAAUGGGGAAGGGCUAAUGACUUUCCAUACAACUCAAUGCCUACUUUCUAAGGUUAUCACCACACACUGUCUUUAUGCCAUAUAGACUGAUGGACAAAACUGAUCAAAAUUCUAUUGGGGAACUAAACCGAUGGAAGAAAUUUCUUAAAUGUAUUACAUUUAAGAAAUUUCUUAAAUGUAAUGCAAAGUGUAGCUACUAUUAAAUCAAAUGGCACAUAUUCUUGUGUUGUUCACUCUCGGACUAUUUAACCUCAUGUUAGUCUUUACAACACUGUGUUGGCACAAACCCAAAGGAAAGUCUGGUUUUGUGAAGCUAAAGUUUUGUACUUUGUACUACUCUGCACAUAAUGAGGUAUGCAGUGAACACUUUUAAGCACACAAUGCAUAGUGUCAGAUGAUAAAACAAGUCCCUGCUGAUUAACAAAGUGAAGGUAGGUAUAUGUCACACUGCCUCUACCAGCUUCUUGUUGAACAGAGAGAGAUUUCAUAUGGUUGAGAGUUCAUUACUUGCUACCAUAGCUCAGCAUUUGCUAUCUGAGUCAACAGUCUUUCUCUGCCUUGCAUUCGGCCAGGUCUGCUUUAUCAGUUGCUCCAAGUCAAACCAGAUGUUCUUUCUGGUAGACAAGAUACUAGAGCUUUUGGAGACCUUGGAAUCGAGGAGUUAUUUAGCAAGUUGGCAGUUAUGUUGGACUGAUUUAACCAUGUCUCCACAUUAAGUACUCUCUUUGUCACUGAAAAUGUAGUUCUUGUUUUCCAUUUGAUGUUUAUAAAUAUGCUGUCUCUCUAUAGAACCAUUUCAUCAAAUCUGUGCUGCAAAAGUGUAUUUCUAAAUAUAUUUAUUACACUGUGAUAUACUAUGUAUUUGAAUUUUAAUUCCAUGCCUCAUUUAUGGAGACAUUAUAGACAAAAAGUUUGGAAGGCCCAAGUGCUGUAGUAACUUCAGUUCGGUUUUCUGAAGUAGAUCAAAUAAAAGAAUUUUAAGGUCACUGGCUGGCCUUUUACCAA